AAACUAUAAUAAGCUCACCAGGUUGUUCAGAACAACGCAUUAUAAAAGGUGUAACAGCUCCCAGAACUCCAAUUAAUUCUCCAAUCUACUCAUAAUAUUCUCUCCAACCUACACCAAUAUUUCAAUUGCCCAGCAUGGAAGCCGUAAAGAGCGUUUUGUCACAGCUGCAUCUUGGCGGGGAAAGCACUGAAGCUGCCCCGCCAAAAGAACCCAGCGCCAACGAGCUCCAGGAGCUGAAGGAAAAGUACGAAAAGGCAGGCCAGGAACAAGUUUUCGCAUUCUACGAUGAACUCAGUGUUCCAGAAAAGGCGGCUCUGUACGAACAACUUUCUGGUUUCGAUCCAGAUCACAUCAACAAGAUCACCGACCGAGCUCUCAACCCUCCCAAGACAGAAGAUGCGGGCAAGGAAGCGGGCCUCGAGCCACUGCCAGAUUCUGCGACUGCGUCUAUUCUCGAUUCGAAAGCAGAGGAUAUUGAGAAGUGGUAUCAAUCGGGUCUCGACUUGAUUGCGGAGAACAAAGUUGGUGUGGUGCUUAUGGCUGGUGGGCAAGGUACACGAUUAGGAAGCUCUGCUCCUAAAGGAUGUUUCGAUAUUGGUCUCCCUUCCUCGAAAUCCCUUUUCCAGAUCCAGGCCGAGCGAAUUCGAAAGGUUGAGCUGUUGGCUCAGAAGAAGGCUGGCGGUGAUAAGAAGGUCGUGGUUCCUUGGUAUGUUAUGACCAGUGGGCCUACGAGAGGACCUACAGAGCAAUACUUCCAGGAGAACAAUUACUUUGGGUUACAGAAGGAGAAUGUCAUGAUCUUCGAGCAAGGUGUUUUGCCAUGCAUCUCGAAUGAGGGCAAGAUUCUGCUAGAGAGCAAAGGCAAGGUCGCUGUGGCUCCUGAUGGAAAUGGAGGCAUCUACCAAGCUUUGGUCACAUCCAACGUCAUGGCAGACAUGCGAAAACGUGGCAUUGAACACAUCCACGCCUACUGUGUGGACAACUGCCUAGUCAAGGUAGCAGACCCCGUCUUCAUUGGCUUCGCAGCAUCCAAGGACGUCGACAUCGCCACCAAGGUCGUGCGAAAACGCAAUGCUACCGAGUCAGUCGGUCUCAUUCUACUCAAGAACAACAAGCCAGAUGUCGUUGAGUACUCUGAGAUUGACAAGGAGACCGCUGAGGCCAAGGAUCCUAAGCAGCAUGAUGUUCUUAAGUUCAGAGCUGCUAACAUCGUCAACCACUACUAUUCUUUCCGAUUCCUGGAAUCGAUCCCAGAUUGGGCUCACAAGCUUCCUCACCACGUUGCUCGCAAGAAGAUUCCUUAUGUCGAUACCGACAAGGGAACUACUGUUAAGCCCGAGAAGCCAAAUGGAAUCAAGCUCGAGCAAUUUGUGUUCGAUUGCUUCCCGAUGUUGGAGCUGAAGCAAUUUGCUUGCAUGGAAGUCAAGCGUGAGGACGAAUUCUCGCCUCUGAAGAAUGCUAAAGGUACAGGUGAGGAUGAUCCAGAUACGAGUAAGAGAGAUAUCAUGAACCAGGGCGAGAAAUGGGUCAAGGCUGCUGGUGGAACUGUGGUUAGUGAGGGAGAGAAGGCCGGUGUGGAGAUCUCUCCUUUGAUCAGCUAUGGUGGAGAAGGACUGGAGAAGCUGAAGGGAAAAACCAUCACUGCUCCAGCUGUCCUAGAAAAGGAGCUGGCAUAGGCGUGUGAUGUGUGAUGUUCAUGGUUAUGAUUAGAUGAUACCAAAAAUGCGAAUUUUCUGGACAAAGAAGCUGUGAUUAUCCUACACAAUCUCCUCCCCAUAUUGUUUGUCCUUCAUUCACGGACCGUGCAAAGUUCUGAUCAAUAGCACGUGACUGAUUUGAGGUAUAUAAACGUUACUUUCCGCCCUGUGAAGAUCCUCAACAACUGGACAUACCAAACAGAGAUGGACAUGAGGAUUCUGUGAUCGCUAGGCGACAAGCUGCGGCUCUCGGCUGAUCUGCUAUCUUCCCUGGUCGUAGUUUGUGUCUUACUUUUGUAAUUU